UUGAAAUAAAAUUAAAAGUUAUAAUAAAUAAUAGAUAUAAUUUUAUUAUCUUCUUGUUCAGUAACUUCAUUUUUUUAUAUUAGAUUUAAUCAUAAAAAAUGUCAAACGAUAAAGAAGAGCAAUUUAAAGUUUAUAUGGAAGAUAGACGAAUUCCAUGUCGAUAUGGGACUAAAUGUUGUCAAAAAAAUGCAAUUCAUCUUGAAAAAUAUAAACAUCCACCUACAAAAGAAACGGAAAAAAAAAGAAAUGCAAAACAUUCAGAAAUAAAAAAAAAAAGAAAAAAGAAAGAUAAUAAUGAAACAUCAAAUAAUUUUCAAAAAAAGAAAAUAAAGAAAGAGGAAAAUAAAAUAACCAAUGAAGAUUUGCAUAGUGUUGUAACUACUGUGAAAAAUAAUAUUAUUAAAAAUAAUGAUAUAUUUUGUGAAAUUAUCAAACAAUCAGAAGAUUUAAAUCAUACAGAAUCUAUAAAAAAUACAAAUAAUCUAAUUACCAUUGCAUCAUUAUUAGAUUGUGAUAAAGUUAAUAUUGAAAAUGAUAUAAUUUUAAAAGAAAUUUCAAAUAAUGCAAAAAUAAUUAUUUCUCAUUUGUUCCUUACGGAAAUGCCAGAAGAUUUUUUUCAGCUUUAUGAAUUCUGUAAAAAUAUUUGUGAAAAUGAUCCUUUAAAUGCAUUGAAUCAUUUUCAUUUGCAACUGGUAGGACCUUAUGAUAUAUUUAAAAAGGGAUUUAUGAAUGCUAAAGUUGAGAAUAAAGAAGUACUGUUAAAGCAUUGGAGAUAUUAUUAUGAUCCACCAGAAUUUCAAACAAUUAUCAAAGAUAAUAAUAAGGAUGGUUUGCAUUUUGGAUAUUGGCGAGAUGAUAUUUCAAAAUAUCCUGUAUUUGUAGCAAAAAAUAAAGCAGCUAUAAAUUGUAUAAUUGAGCCUGUUGCAGAAAAUAUAUUUGGUACAUUAGAUGUAUAUUUUGAAGAAAAAUUGAAAUUAGCUACUCCAUUCGAAAAGACACGUAUAACUAUGUUGCAUCAAAAACUUAAAAGUUUUGCAAAAGAGAAGAAAAUAACUUUAGAAAAAAAAACAGCAAACAUGCAAGAUAGAGAAAAGAAGAUUGUUACAAGAACUUUUCAUAAAGCUGGCAUUGUAGUGCCUUAUAAUAAAAAAACUCAAUUAGGAUAUAGAGAUUUGGCUAUAACUGACAAUGAAUUACAAAAACUUUUAAAAGAAAUAGAAUAUGCUUCAACACCUGAAGUUAGAAAAAAAUCAAUGUCAAAAUUAGAAGAAAUAAUACGAUUGGCAACAAUUGCAGCUGAUGAAUGCGAUUUCGGCACAGUUUUAGAAUUAGGCCAUGAUUUAUUUUCUAGUGGUAUUUCUUUUGUUCAAAGUAAAGCAUUGAAUUUAAUGUCUCUUGCCUAUCAUCUUUUACAAAAACCUCAAUUUUUGAAAAUUGCCCAAGUUCAUUUAAAAAAUAGAAGUAAAAGUUUGGAUUUAAAUGUUAUUGAAUAUGAUUAAUUACAAUAA